AGCAGCAGAAGCAGCAGCAGCAGCGGCAGGAUCAGCAGCAACAGCAACAAUAGCUACAAGAAACAACACCAGUCAAAACUAAAGUAAAAGCUCCGCAACAAACACUACAACACAAUGUCGUUCAUCCAGUCCAACCAGCCCGGCAACUUGGUCAACAUCGAUGAUUCAACCCAGAGCCUUGCCCCUCGUUCGGCCCCAGGAAUGGAUGAGCUGCUUGCGCUCAUGGGAGGUGCCCAAUUCUCGAACGCCGCCACAGCAGAGGCCGCAGCCAUGAGAUGGCGACAGGGUGGAGCGGACCCAAACUUUGUUACAUCAACUGUCGCACCCGUGGGAGGACACCGUCGCAACCACGAAGAGUAAACCCCACACAACACGCGCAUCGUUUGACCGGAAGACAACCUGGAACGGUCAUUUUUAUUUUAGCCUUUGCCGCCGCCUCCUCCUUUCACCACCACCACCACCACCACCACCACCACCACCCCCUUGUUUCUUUUUAUAUUUCAUUCUAUUUCCAUCUUUUCUUUUCUGCGACGAUACCUUGGCGGCGGCGACCAUUCCAGACCGACUUUGGGCGACACCGACUAUUCAUUUCUUUUCCAUUCCUGUUUAUUUUAUUUUAUUUAUUUUUUCAUGACAACAACAAAAAUCACGAUCCACGGGCGCAAUUGGAGGAGGAGAGAAAUAGCGACAAUCAUAUGGAGAUCGGACAAGUCCAGGGCAGGACAAGGAAACGCAACAUGUCGGCAGUAAUUAAUAACAUCGGAACAUGUGCAACGCAUGCAUGCAUGAGAAGAUCGAACAAACCAAAAGGAUCAGCUCAAAUGAAAUGGAGAGGCGUCCCCCCCCCUUCCUUCCCCACAUUUUCAUCAUCCUCUCUACCCUGUCGUGCUCAGAAAUCGGGUUUCGCCUAUUCUUGACAUUCGACUUGGAUGAUGAAAAAAAGGGACCACCGAUUCAGUCCCUUGUUUGACAAUCGUUCUUUUGUCCGACGUUGCAACGUUUCUGCACGACAAUCAAAUCAACAACAACAAAAAACAACACAAUAACAACAACGGAACAUGGGGAGCAUGAGCAUGAGCAUAAAGCAGGGGG